AUGGAUGAAUUGAAUGAGAGUCUGGGGCGAAACGCGAAGGAGCGUAUGACCGACGUCACUCUCGACUAUUUCCGACGCGAGCUCAAGAAACCAGACAUUGGACUAGGGUCCACGGUUUUUCCAGAACCCAACGAAAGCGAUAAGGAUGUAUUCAAUGCGCAGAUUUUGUUUAAUAAAUUGGCUGUCAAAGUUUUUCUUUCCCAUAAUUGGAAGUCGUUUGCAACAAUUUCUCCGGAUAUAAUACCACCCGAUUUUAUUGAAGUCAUCGCCGACGCCCAUAUCAUGCACACAAUCAAGUACCCGAUAUACAAAGACCAAUCGGAAAGGGUUCACCUUGUCGAAACGACACAGGAAUUUAUCGAUUUCACAUGGCAACUCAUUGUGAAAGUGUGUUUGCCUCGGUUUGAAACUAGUGUACAUGUGUCUCCCGAUGAUCUCUCCUCUGCCAGCGUAAGAAAAUGGCUUUCAUCGGCACCCUUUCUGCAACAAUUGGCUGCACCAGGAACCAACGAUAUUGAGUAUUUCUUGGAUCCGGGCAGUCGCACAAAUCAAGAGUUGUUCGAGGUAGGGAAAAAUCUAGAGGCUCGGUACCCACGCAUGUCGAUCAAAAUGCACACUGGUAAGCCAGAGGUAAGAGAGUUUGACGACGGUAGACGUGAUUUAGCUAUGCUCGCCACACUUGGCAAGGAUGUUUCGUGGGCGACGACAUGGGAUAUAGUAUCCAGCAUACUGAAGGCUAACGGUAUUUUCAUAUACGCGGAGAUAUACCAUGAUUCGUCCACCCCGUUUCGGUUUCAGUACGCAUUGAUGGACGGCGUGGAAUUGGAAUAUACCCCGGAAGUCAUCGAGAAGAUAAAUGAAUUUAUGAGUGCGGUUCUUGAAGACGUGAGAUCAAACAAAAACCUGGACUCAUUGGUUGGGCUAGUGCGUUCGCAUAUUCUUGAGCGUUUUCCCAUGGACAUUGCCUUAGAGGGUUCUGUCAAAGGUGAUGCUACCUUUAGCACUACCGCAGUGAUUUACACUGUAAAAGACUACACCUCAAGAGUAGAAAUCGACAACAUAGAAUUUAUUCUUGGGCGGGAGUCGGGAAAUAAAGUUGCCAUGGUACUCAGCCCGGAUUUGCUCAUUGAAAAAGCCAGUAGAGGACACCUCCAUUUUGUCGGUGAUGACUCGAUUGAUGUCUCGUACCUGGGUGAUGCACCGGCCUCUGUUGUGGAGACGCAUGAAAACGUGCAGCGAGAAACGGAAGACCUUGCGAAACUCGGCAAAGUUGUCGAUUUCAAGGAAUCACCCGAAUCGGUUAUUCAGAAGAAUGGCGUCGAUUUGUGUCACGUUGUAUUCGGGAACUCUGAUAAUUUAUUCCACCGUAAAAAUGUCACAAUAGCGGUUUUUGAAUCCCUAGCCACGACGAAGGGUAGUGGUUUGUUCGGUCGAAUAAGCGAUCUGUUCGCCGACCUGAUCAAUCACAGGGAACGCCUCGCCAGCGAGAAGGGUCAGAGCGCGCUGGACACUUUGUUGAAACAAUUGGAUACACUCCAUGGCAUACGACGGGAAUACACUGUAUGUUCCAGUGAAGAAGGCACUUGUCUGGCAACAGACACCAUCCAUACCACUACUCUACUCGCAAACACAGCUCUCGCACAUCUACACGAUCUGGCGACACCCAAACUAGCAUCUUCAAUCGAUGAAGUUGCAGGGGACAACGUAGAUGGGUGGAAAGCGUUCGAACAGGCUCGAGAUUCGAACGAUAGAAAUCGGAAUAAAAUGGCGAGGGCUGCUGUCACGUGUGCUGCAUUGAUAGUGGAGAACGGAACCUAUCCUGACAUUUUUCUUGCUUAUCAUGCGAGAAAGGCGCAGCAUGGUAGCUCCGAUCGGUUUCCUCUUGGGAUUGGGAGCUUUAUUUGGAAGUUCUUUAUGGAUGUUGGUGACUCGAUUAAAAGCUUCGCGGAUCGGAAAAGUUACUUUGAGAACUUUUCAAGGGUAAUUUUAAAGGAUCACGUUGAAGACGUGCAUGGUAUGCGAGUCGCAGACACCAUAAGGUUCGCCCACGAUGUCUCGCUUUGUAUGGAAGUUCAAGGUGGGAGAAGCAUCAUGGGCGCUGUACGGGGAGAGCGUUUCUUUUACAGACACGAGCAUGUUGUUAGUUGGCACCUCCUCAUGUACGCUGUGAUCUGUCUGAUCUGUAGAAUUAUAUUCAACUUCAUACCAGGACAUUACAACGGUACACAGAAAAAAUCCGUGGCGAACAUGUUACAUCUCCUUGUGGGUAUUUCGGGACUCACUAUGGUUCUGCCGUUGGAAGCCGUCCACUUGGUCGUAUGGGUUGAUGUCACAUAUGCUACAGAAUCCUUCUAUGGGGCUCUAUUAGCAACUACUUCUGAAUUUCCCAAAAAGGUCGCGAGUUGGAUCAUGCGCCCAUUUAGUGGAAAAGAGAGCAAUGAAUAUGUGCCAUUGCCGGAUGACAUACGAUCCGCGAGAAAUGCUGCACGUACCACGGGGCACCCUGUCGAAAAUAAUUGGAAAAGUCGACCUGCGAGAAGAAGAAAUCCUAUUUCUAGAUUGGGUUCAACUUAG